AUGAGGCUAUUCGGUCGCACAAUCUUUCCCAUGCUCCCGCCCUAUGGCGCUCAUGACGGCGGCGAUGCUCCUCCUCCAUACGCAGAUCCCGACAAACCAACCCCAUAUCUAGGAAUCAAGGCCCGUCUGUCGCAGGUAUGGAUCAACCGAUGGACUAUUUUGAUCCUGCUCGUUCUCGUCCGUGUCCUGCUCGCUACUACGAACCUCCAAGGAAACAUGGAUAAUGCGCAAUCCCAGGCUCUUUCUGCCUGUAACUCGGUCCAGUCUGCGGGGAGUUCGAUGGCGUCUUUGCCGCAUUACAUGGCUCAGGGAGUCAAUGAGCUUGCGGCUGAUGGAGUUACGAAGGCGGUAAAUGGGUUGGUCGAAGUCCUGGAGUUGAUGAUUACUGGUGUUGAAGGCCUUGUGGUUUUCUAUAUCAACUUCCUCACGCAAUUGUAUUUGUGUCUCUUUACACUCGUGGCUAGAGGAGCUGCGGAGACAGCCCUUAGUCUGGCGGAAGAUGUGACGAACUGGCUUGAUCAAACACUGCCCAGCAUUGGGAAUGACCUUUCUACAGCUGUGUCGGGUGUCCAAAAAGGCUUGAACUCUAUUGGAUCAACACUGAAUUCAGUGAAAAGUGAAUGCAAUAGUAUCAGUUUCUUAGGCGGAUCUCUCUGUAAUAACAUUCCUGACGUCCCUACUCUCGACUUUUCUAGCGAGAUUGACGAGCUGAAGAAUCUCUCACUCCCAUCCUCCAUCAAUGACGACAUCCAGAAAGCCAACAGCACAAUCCCUACAUUCGACCAAGUCAAGAACCUCACUACAACCGCUAUCGAAUACCCAUUUGAGCAACUCAAGAAGCUCAUCCAGGAUAACCUCGGCAACUACUCCUUCGACAGCUCAGCCUUCCCCGUCCCGGCCAAACAAUCCCUCUCCUUCUGCGGCGAGAAUGACGGGAUCAACGACUUUUUCAAAAAGACAGAAGAUGUCAUUAUUGAGGCGAAGAAGAUUUUCAUCGCGGUCCUUGUCAUCUUUGCUAUCAUUGCAUGCAUCCCCAUGGCCUGGCUGGAAAUCCGGAGCUGGAAAAUGGCUAGAGACCGUGCCAAGAUUAUCCAGACAGGUAACCACGACGCUCUUGACGUUGUCUACCUCGUUUCUCGCCCUCAUAGCUCUACAUAUGGCAUGAAGGCAGCAACCUGGUUCAACAACAGCCGACACCAAAUCCUCGUCCGCUGGAUCUUUGCCUACGCCACCUCCAUCCCGGCCCUUGUCUUGCUCGCUCUCGGUCUAGCCGGCCUCUUCGCCUGUCUGUGCCAAUAUAUCCUCCUCAAAGCCGUGGAGAAAGAAGUCCCCGAAUUAACCGCCGAAGUAACCCAAUUCGCUGACAAAGUCAUCAACUCAUUGAACAACGCCUCCGCGCAAUGGGCCCUAGACACAAAUCGCGUCAUCAACAAUACCAACACCGAUCUCAACAAGAACCUGUUUGGAUGGGUCAAUACCAGCACCACGGCCCUCAACGACACCCUCAACACCUUCCUUGAUAAAUCCAAUGAAGUCAUCAACGCCACAUUUGGCGGCACUCCAUUGUACGGCGCCGUAUCCGGUAUUUUUGAUUGUGUCGUCGAGCUCAAGAUAGAAAGUGUCCAGAAGGGAUUGACAUGGGCUCACGACCACGCUUAUAUUUCCUUGCCUCAAUUGCCCAACAACACAUUCUCCGUUGGCGCAGCUUCCAGCGUCAACACCGGCGACAGUUUCCUCUCUGACCCUGGCUCAACGACCUCCAACCAAAUCACCGAAGUCGUAAGCAACGUCAUUGACAAACUCAAAGAUGGCAUCGAGACCGAAGCCAAGAUCUCCGCUCUCAUUGUCCUGCUCUGGUUUCUGUUGUUGUUGAUGGGAGUCUUCCGUGCGCUCAUGCUAUGCGCAAAACGGGAACGGUCGCGUGGUAAUGGCGGUGGUCAGGAUAAUGUUGUUCCCGGGGGUCCUAUUGAGCCUGCAGCUUUCCAUACUACCUCCAACAGCACUAUUGCCAGCAAUAAUGCGGCGAUGAUGACGGGUGGCCUUACGGCAGCUGAUCGUUCACGUGGCAUUGGACAGACGGUAUACAUGGACCCUCCAGUUGACCACAAUCCAUAUGACUAUGAAGACGAGAAGCUCGGUUAUGCAAGUGAACGCGACUACUCCACAGCUAUGCAUGCUGAUACUCGGAAGAGCGCAUAUGUCGAGUAUAGCGGUGACGAGAAACGUCGAUAG